GACUUCAGGUGGGAAGAGAGCAAGCCCUCGGACAGUCAGAAGUGGAGCCGUCUCGAGCACAGGGGACCGUAUUUCGCUCCAGAAUAUGAUCCGCUGCCCGAUAACGUGCCCUUUUAUUACGAUGGGCAGCUGCUGAAACUGAGUCCAGCGACGGAGGAAAUCGCCACUUUCUACGCCAAGAUGCUGGACCACGAGUACACCAGCAAAGAGGCGUUUCAGAACAACUUCUUCACUGACUGGCGGGAGGAAAUGACUAGCGACGAGAGGAAGCGGAUCAAGACGCUCUCCAAGUGUGACUUCAGCCACAUGCACAAGUACUUCGUGGAGAAGGCAGAGGAGCGCAAGAACAUGACGAAGGAGGAGAAGCAGGUCCUGAAGGAGGAGUCCAGCCGUCUGGUGGAGGAGUACGGCUUCUGUGUGCUGGACGGACACCGGGAGAAGAUCGGGAACUUCAAGCUGGAGCCGCCGGGUCUGUUCCGCGGGCGCGGAGAACACCCGAAGAUGGGCAAACUGAAGAAGCGCAUCCAGCCGGAGCACGUGGCCAUCAACUGCAGCCAAGACUCUAAGAUCCCAGAAGCCCCUGCAGGACACCGGUGGAAGCGCGUCCAGCACGACAACACGGUCACAUGGUUGGCGUCGUGGCUCGAGAACAUCCACGGGCGACCUAAAUACAUCAUGCUGAACCCCAGCUCCAAACUCAAGGGCGAGAAGGACUGGCAGAAGUACGAGACGGCGCGUCAGCUGAAGGUGUGUGUGAACACCAUCAGAAAGCAGUACAAGCGCGACUGGACGUCCCGAGAGAUGAAGAGCAGACAGAGAGGUGUCGCCAUCUACUUCAUCGAUAAGCUGGCCCUGCGCGCGGGGAACGAGAAGGACGAUGAGUCAGCUGAUACGGUGGGCUGCUGUUCUCUGCGUGUGGAGCACAUCUCGCUUCACCGGCGCCUCGACGGACUCGAACACGUCGUGGAGUUCGACUUCCUGGGGAAAGACUCCAUCCGCUACUACAACAAAGUGCCGGUGGAGAAACAGGUUUUCAAGAACCUGAAGCUGUUCAUAAAGCACAAGGAUCCAGAAGAUGAUUUAUUCGACCGAAUUACAACGGUCAACCUCAACAAAGCCCUGAACGAGUGCAUGCCGGGACUGACGGCCAAAGUGUUUCGAACCUUCAACGCCUCGACCACACUGCAGGAUCAGCUCAACAAGCUCACCACAGAGGACAUGACGGUGGAGGAGAAGAUCCUGUCGUAUAACCGAGCGAACCGAGCCGUGGCGAUCCUCUGUAACCACCAGAGGGCGGCGCCCAAGACCUUCGAGAAGUCCAUGCAGCUUCUGCAGGAGAAGAUCCAAAAGAAAAAGGAACAAAUUGAAGAGGCCAGAAAGGAGCUGAAGGAAGCGAAGCGAGCGCAUAAAGACGCUCCGUCUGACAAAUCCAAGAAGCUGGUGGAGAAGGAGAAGCUCGUCCAGAGACUGUGUGAACAGCUGAAGAAGCUCCAGCUUCAGGAAACGGAUCGAGAGGAAAACAAGGUCAUAGCUCUGGGAACGUCUAAACUAAACUACCUGGACCCGCGCAUCACUGUGGCCUGGUGUAAGAAACACAACGUCCCCGUUGAAAAGAUCUACAAUAAGACGCAGCGGGACAAGUUCACCUGGGCCAUCCACAUGACGGACGAGACCUUCCAGUUCUGAACCUCUGUUAUUAUCUGGCUG